AUGGCGUCCACCACCGCCGUUUCCGAGCGCCGUCUCUUAUGGAAAAUAGACCUCCUCCUCAUGCCCCUAAUGACCUUCGCCUACGGUCUGCAAUUUUAUGACAAAGCCAUCCUCGGCUCCGCGUCCAUCUUCGGAAUCCUGACCGACCUCGACCUCUCCGUCGUCGACCCAGGGCCCCCACGCAAGACCUCGUUGCAACGAUACUCCACCGCCACCUCCGCUUUCUACUGGGGCUACCUCGUAGCUGCCUUGCCCAUGGCCUUGCUCGUUCAACGAUUCCGACCGAAUCUUUUCUUGGGUUGUGCGAUUAUUCUUUGGGGUGUUAUUGUGAUUUUGACUCCUGCGAUUGGUAGUUGGCGAGGAUUGAUAGCUCAGCGCUUCUUCCUCGGGAGUAUUGAAAGUGCCGUCUCGCCUGGCUUUAUUCUACUUACGAGAAGCUGGUACAAGAGAUCCGAACAACCGUUGAGGUUGGGGAUAUGGUAUAGUGCCACAGGCUUGUUUUCCAUUUUUUCCGGGUUGGUGAAUUAUGGGUUAGGAAAGGCCGGGAGCAAAGCGGGAGCAAAGUUGCAUGCUUGGAAAUAUAUGUUCCUCUUUGCUGGGUCAUUGACGAUUCUGUUUGGUGGCGUGAUGUUGUUGUUGCUACCCUCAUCUCCCGUAGGUGACGCUUUGCUUAGGAUCCCGGGGUACAACAAGUUCUCACCUGAAGAGAAAAGUCUUGCUGUCGGACGACUGCGAUCCAAUAUCACAGGCGAAGCAGAAGAUGAUGACCAGUCCACCACUGCAAGAGCUUCUUCUGUUGACGACCAACACAAAGCAGAUCCCCUCCAAGACGAUUCUUGCCACCACGAACCACCAUCAGCACCCCUACCCACAGCGGGGUUGAAGGAUAAUUUAGCAUCGCUCAACAUCUCCGCCUCCACCUCCGGUAUCCGAGAACAUUGGAACAUCUCGCAAGUCAAAGAAGCAUUCCUCGACUACAAACUAUACAUAUUCUUCCUCCAAGCCAUCUCCAUUUACAUUUGCAACGGUGGAGUUACCGCUUUCGGUGCUUACAUCAUCAAGUCUUUCGGCUAUACCUCUCUUCGUUCCAUUAUCCUGCAAACUCCUGGUGGAGCUACAACUUGCGUUUCGAUCUAUAUUUCCACUCUCAUCGUUCUUAAGACCCGAAACACCCGGUCCGUCUUACUCAUUCUCACCUGUUUGCCGGUGAUAGUGGGAGCAGCAAUGGUUUGCAAAGGAGACUGGACAAACCGAGCUAUCCCUCUCGCUGGCUACUAUCUCCUACCCAUCUUCGGAGCACCAUUCGUUCUGAUGCUAAGUCUAAGCACAGCAAACGUGGCGGGUGCAACAAAGCAGAGCAUAACUUCAGCCAUCGUUUUUGCUGGCUAUAAUGUGGGCAAUAUUGUCGCACCGUAUUUGACACUGGCGAGCGAGGCACCGAUUCAUUACAGGACUACAUUUCUUGCGAUCAUUACCUGUAUGGCCAUUACGAUCGCCUUGACGCUUAUACUGGAUGCAGGCUUAUGGUGGCAGAAUAAGACAAGGAGGCAGAGAAGGCAAAGCGAGGGAAAGAGUAAGCAGGAGGUAGAGGAGAUCAAGAAAAAGGCGAUAUUGGAGGAUUGGACUGAUUGGGAGAAUCCUUAUUUCGAAUAUGCCUACUAG